UUUCCACCUCGCUUCGUCGACCUCGGGUCUCCCCUCCUCUUCAUAUCUCCUCUCUCCACCCCCACCCUCCCCGGGCAUCAACACCGCCAAGAACACGAACGCCAACACGACGAGGAUCGAUCGACACGGCAACGCGAGGGCGCACGCCGAUCGGUCGAGCUGAUUACGAUCGAUUCGAGCUUCGGCCAUGCGGAGGUCGGACUGGGAGGACCGGUGCCGGCGGCACCCGGAGCACCGGCUGUCCAAGGGCGUGUGCCCGAGCUGCCUCCGCGACCGCCUCGCCCGCCUCUCCGCCAACUCCUCGGCCACCACCACCCUGACGCGCGCCUCAAACUCGGCCAGCACCUCCCCCUACUCCUCCACCGACUCCCCUCCGCUCCACCGCGCCGCCCUCUCCGCCGACGCCACCUCCGUCCACGUCGUCGGCGCCGGGGCGGGCUCCUCCUUCGUCAACGUCUCCGCCUUCUCGCAGCUGCUCAUGCCGACGGCCUCGAAGAAACCAGCAGAAUCCAAGGGAAAGGAGGGCGAGGCGAAGAAGAAGAAGAGCAGCAGCAAGAAGAAGAUCGGGAGGUUCUUGUCGAGGCUGGUCGGGACGGAGAAGCGGCGGAAAACAGGGGAAGCAGGCGAUGGCGGCGAGCUCUUCCAUUCCAGCACCAUGAAGGAGAAGUCGUCGACCAAGUGGGUUUUCUUUUGAUCAGACCGGCCGGCACCGGCCACCAACCAUACGAACAAACCAUGCUUGGCCUUUCUCGGUUCUCGAUCGAUCGGGUAUUGUUUUUCUUUAUUUUCUCUGUUAUUUUUUACAAGUACUCUUCUUGAGCUUGAUUUGAUAUUUUUCUCAAGCGCCGUGUAUAUACACGAGAUCAAGUAGCUGACCGUAAGGAGAAGCACACGUAUAUGGUGAAAAAUUGCAUAUGGUUAUUGAUUUUUUUAGGACAGAGUGUAUAGAUGUAAAUUAACGUGUAUUUGUAUCUACUACUCUAUCUAGCUAGUUGUUACUAUUGGUACUCGUUACUUGUUCUGAUUGACGAUGUAUAUGAGACAAAGAUAACAUACGGAGGAGAUUGAACAUACGGAGUAUGCAAAAUCAGGAGGAAGAGAAAGGAAUGUUUGCAUCGUAUACACGCAGAUGGUCACACAAACGCACUGAUAGAGAGAAUUAACUUCUUCUUCUAUAAUUGCUUC